GGUUCAGUACACUUACAUCAUCCUUGCGAGCUGCUUACCUACAAAGGAAUACUACGUCUCGCUCAAGUCUUUGCCACGGAGUUUGAACUUGUUGACUUGUUGUUGCGCUACUCCUGUAACAAUGUUGCGAGUUUCGGUGCCUGUGUUUGUUGUUUUUUGCUGUGCUAUAUGCUUAUACUCUGAGAAUGCCUGUGCUGGGCCAGUUCUGCUCAACUCCAAUGCCAUCAAAAAUCUUCCCGGAGGGGUUGCAAAUCCCAGCCACCCGGUCAGCGCAAGCCCAGACGUUCUACCUUUUGACAGCGGCAGUCAGAACAUGGCGAUUGAUACUUUACAGCCUACAAGUUGCGUGGUUGACGAAGAAUGCGGUGAUGAAGAGUUUUGCUACGGAACCAGAGGCGCCUGUCUACCGUGCAAGAAACGUAGGAAACGCUGUAUCCGGGACGCUAUGUGCUGCCCUGGUAACCACUGCAGCAAUGGAGUGUGUUUGCCCAUUGACUCUGACACUGCUCAACACCCUGGUGCUGAAGAGGUGGUGCCUAUUACUUUCGAUAACUCAACAGUGGAAGCAAAUUCCAAGCCUACAUCCCAAGGGAAAUCACAAUCACUCAAAGGUCAGGAGGGUGAGAACUGCUUGAGGUCCACAGACUGUUCGGAUGGACUCUGCUGCGCCCGUCACUUCUGGUCCAAAAUCUGCAAACCCGUUCUGAUUGAGGGACAAGUGUGCACCAAGCAUCGGAGGAAAGGCACCCAUGGCCUGGAGAUAUUCCAGCGCUGUGACUGUGCUCAUGGGCUUGCUUGCCGAACACAGAAGGGAGACAACAACAACAAGGCUUCUCGGAGUCUCCACACUUGCCAAAGACACUGAGUCCCUCACAGUCUUACCAAAGCUGAUAUCUUAAGGACAUUGUUUAAGCCCGUCGGGAGUUUUAAAGGAUUUUUUUAUUUCCUUCCGAAGAGCAUUUGAAAUCGCCGGAGAGGGCGUUCGCUUUGGAUACUCUGUUCUUUUUCUUCAAUUUUGUGUUUCAAAAUAGCAGAGUAGCUUUGAUUGUUUCUCUUUUAUGGAACUUGAGAUUCACAAUGGUUGCAGUAAAUUACUGUAUUGUAAAUACCAUACUGAAAGUGGCACUUAACUCUAGUGAUUUCUGUCAACACAACUAUUCUGAGAGCAAGUGCUACAUGAUUCUACCAUGUUAUUGUAAAUUUAUAAACAAUGUGAUUUCUAUUGUUAUUUAGAUUCUUGAUAUAAAUGCCUAUAUUUUUAUUUGAAAUAAAGACAAUGUAAAAAUA